AUGAGAAAGUAGCUUUAAUUUUUGAUUUUUAAUGUAAUCUACAGGAAACAAGCGGCUACGCGACACGUAGUCACCGGGACGCCUGAGGCCGAAGGUUUAUCCCAUCCCCCCAAAGAGAAUUUAGUGGAUUCUACCCCCAAGUCAUCCUCUGCGUUAGAGACUAGAAACUUUACCGUUGACUCUUCCGGAAACAUUGUGUUAGCUGAUGGUACAUGCUUAAUGGCUCAACUAAGCUGUAGGAACACCUGUCGUGCAGCCGGCGGUUGUGGAAGACACCACUGGUUUUUCCAGUCAGCUAGAUUUGCAAGACGGUGCCUUGCCUCGCAAAUCACAGACCAUUGAUUGCUCUCCUGGCGUCUUAGACACUGUCAAGUGCACAAGUUGUGCCUCGCGCAUCAGUCCGUUUUCUGUUCCUUGCGAGGUUCAUCCUGUUUUGAAAGUCAUAAUAUGCAAGGUACGUUGUAAGUGUGUUCAACACAGUCCUUAGCGCUGUCUUAAAUUCUAUGGACGGGGCGACUUUCCCAAAGAUGAUUUCGGAAAGGACGAAAACUGUCGAUGGUGUGGAGAUGGCGGAGAUCUGAUCUGUUGCGAUUCUUGCUCCAACACCUUCUGUAAAAGCUGCAUAAAGAGAAACAUCGGUCGGACCUACCUCCAUAACAUUGAAGAGUUGGGUGAAAACGAAUCGUGGAAUUGUUUGCUCUGUACAAAAGAACCCCUUCUGCCCCUCCAGAAGCAAUGCUUUGAAGUGGGUUCAUCCUUUGGCUUUUACUCUUGUUGCUCAUUUUUUUGCAAUGAUAAUUGCUUGUAUCUCAACUUGCAAAUUUAGAUUAUCCAGCGUGUUCGGGCAUACCACGCUCAACGCAAAAAGCGCUCAGAACGUGCCUACGAAUUGUGGCGUAACCGCUCCAACGCUGCUUCUGCAAGCACUCCUACCCCGUCAGUCACCACGGCAAUAUCUUCUCCACAGGCUCCCCCUCCUAGCAUUAGUCCGAACCAUCCCUUGAACAUCAUCGAACCAAAUGUCCCUUCUGCGAACACCAGUGCGGAGAAGCCGUUGCAGGUUUCUCCAGCUGGGUUUAACCCACCUGGAGGGCUGAAUGCUUUAGCAGGUAACAUCCAUUCAACCUAAUUGCAUCGCUUCUUUUGUGAACGAACUCGUAAAGCGUCCUAACGGAAAGCAGGGGUUUUUACUUUCGUUGAUAUUCUUGCGGAAAAUUUUUAGUCAGACUGUUUUCAUCAGGUUGUUACACACCAAAUAUCGAAUUGCAGGCAACUAAAUAUGUCGCUUAGCAUGUGCAUUCUCUGAAUUUCAUGCUCAUCAAGCUCAGUAUAAGUCUAAAAAUCAAAGGUUCACAGACUGAGAAGUCUUGGAAUUCAGGUUUGUGGAACUGUAACCGCUAUUUUUUUCCUCUCGAGAAGCCAUUGAGGUCUUCAAGAAUCCUAACUUGUUUGCAAACAGGCAAGUUCGUAGGCUGGGUGACAUCAUCACAUUCCGAGCUGCACAAUACUUUAUGUUAGGUCUUUUCGUGUCACAGAGUAGAAUUGAGCCAUGCUGGUUGAUUAGCUCGGACUGGCCCCUGUUCCUGGUAAGGAAUAGUUUUCAGUGUGAAUUUGACGUUUGUCACCGGCAACUCCUUUACUCGGUCUCAGAAACGCCUGCUGCAAGGCAUUGCCGAAUGACCGCCAGACUAACCUUAUCUGGUUUAGGGCAGACGGUUUCUGUGCGUUUAAGAACAUCAUAGUUCGACUAUCUUUAUUUGUGCCGAUCUUUUGGCCGCAUGGUAUUUGCUUGCGAAAUUGACAACUUCUCCAUUAAAAAGUAGAGAACAAAUCCCCAACGUCCCUAUUUUACGACCCAUUCUAUUUGUAGGUACUUAUUUGACGGGCACUUUAACUUCUUAGGUUGAUGACGGCUGUCAGUGAACUCUAGAACUGUAAACAUCCAACUACGGCUGAUUUCCUCAUGGUCUAAUGAGUAUCGGAUUCUGCUAACGCGUCUUUUCAUUAUUAGGCCACUAUAGGCAGGCUUACAAACGCCAGCCAGACAGUGCACAAAAAAUCUGAUUUUUUCAUCUGUUUUUUGACAAGUACACCGGUUUCUCCUACCUAUCUUUGUGCGUCGGUUUUGACCUGUGCUAAAUGUUUCUCCCCAUCCAGCUGUUUUGGCCGGAGUUACAAGCACUUGUGGAACGCAGUUGGUUGCGCCGUUUGGAGCUCUCCCCCAGCCAUCCGACCUGUUGGCCGCUGUGUCUAACCUGCAAGCGCUAGCAUCUGUUCCUUUAAACACAUCAUCAGUUGCUCCCGGAUCUACUCUACCAGAAACGCAGCCUACUAAAUCUCCAGUCUCGUCAGCCCCCGCUUCAAGUUCUGCUUCUAUAGCAGCAAAACGUCCAGAAAUUCCAAUUCCUCCAGCCAACAAAAACCAAAGCUCCAGCCGGGGAAAAUGGGGAAGUGCAUCCAACCCCAACAGCAGUGAUUGGUAUUUGGAAAAUGUUACUGUAGCAGGCAUCUUAGAUCAAAUAUCUCAAGUCCAAGCCUCUAACAUUCGUAACGCGACAAAAGCCCUGCGCGCCUGCCUUGAGACUUUCCUGAGUGAUUUGCGCAGGGUCGAAACAAACUUGUCACGAGCACGCACUUUGGAUGAUAUCACAAAUAUUGUACGUUCAUUUCAGAGCAUUUUCCGGUUCCAUUUCUUCAGUCGCAUCGGAAACCUCGUUUCACGACUGCAAGAUGACCCGAAACAUCCUGGUAUAAAUCGCGCCCAGUCAUUCGCUGUGUCACCCACCCCCAAUGGGGAUAAUAACGAUAGAUGCAAACCAGGUCAGGCCUCUGAACAAGCAACGUCUCUGGAUUCCCCUGCAUCUUCCUCCACCAUCAAGUCGCGCGGCUCUCUAACCAUCGACUUGACAGAUGAAUGCGAAUCAGUUAAGGGUGCUCGGUCACAGGCAGCCCACCCUCCAUCCAUUCCUCCCACAGCUACCACCCACCCUCAGGUUCCCACUGCCGCUGUGACCGUCGCCAAGACGGCUUCUGCCCUGGCUGCAUCCAGCCGGUCACCGCCUUCCUCCGCCAGAGCCAGCCGGAAACGCCCAGCUCGCAGGAAGAGUUCUCCGGUCAAUGCCAUGGUCCCUGGCGGUUCAAGUAGUGCCCCUGCGGUGCGGCCCUCAAAGAAGUCACGUUGUGCCCCAACCGCUGAAAUGUCUGUUGCUAAUGCUGCUACUAACGUUGCAGCGGACACUGCCACCGCCAUCCCAGUAAUCCCUUCUGAGGCCUUCUCCGACCUCAUCGAACCGGCCGCAACGCAUACAGCAGAACUAUCAACCGACAAGACCGCGUCCGCUGAUUGUUCCUCUGCGUCCUUCCUGAACAGUGCUUCCUGCACCCCUGUCUCGCAUAGUCAAACCUCCAACGAGGCCGACCCCUCAGCCAAUUCCUGUCAGAAGGCCUCCCAAGGGGACAGUCUCAGAUCCUCCCAACCGACAUCCAACAAUGAAUCUGGUCCUGAUACCGACUCUAACGGCCAAUUCGAAGUUGACAGUAGUUCCCACCAGUCGGAGGCGGAAAAAGAGAACAAUGCGGACGCGGCUCCGCCGAUCAGACAGUCGCCCUCCCGUCGGACAGUGGACUCACACCAGAGUACUACUGACGAUGGCGAUCAAAAUAAGACUUCAUCGGAACUGACUACCGCCGUUGGAAUUUUCUGUAAGUCUAAGAGAUCUUUAAAUUUCUUCAAUGUUAGUUUAAAUACAGUAAAGUAUUGCACAAAAGUGGAAGACUGCUUUAAUAACAGUGACUCCGUAUGUUAACGCAUCUGUAGAAGUACGGGAAGCACACGAAUGCACAUUUGGUAGCCUCGUCGGAACAAGUAGGACAAAGGGGACGUUAAAGCCUGCGGGGUUGAAAAGUGGGUAAUUAUAUAGGGGUAUUUACAUGGCCUAAGACAGCCUACUAUCCUAUGUGGAGAGAACAAACAAAAUGAUUUUCAACAUGCUGCUCAUCCAGGGCAGCUUUUUCAUGACGACUGAGGUUGGGAUUUCGCCGAGUUGCAGCGUAGGGUAACCUCGGUAGUGUAUGUCAGCCGAGCAAUGUGGCCUCCUUGGGACCUUGUUCGGUUUGCCCAGGUGUCAGCUCAAAGUAUUGUCUCUCCCACGCGUAUUGAGUUAUCCCAAAUUCUGAGGUUUUCUGCCUUAUCUGACGGAUUUAUUGGUAAAUGUCAGCGCUGUAAUCAAAGUUCUGUUAUUUUUGUAGAAUUUGGUUGAGCUCGCAUUCGCCAGCAAUUUAUCAGCAACCCUAUCUCAUUCUUUUCAAGUAAUUUGCCAUUUCUUCUCACAGAACCCUCCACCAACAUGAUUGUUUUUUCCUCGUGUUUGCUUCAGGGAUCAGUUCUAUUCACAAAUUUAGGUCGUUUUCAUAUAUCUUAAAACCCCUGUGCUGCUCACCGGUUCCUGUUUUUGAAGCUAAUGUGGGGUUUUGAUGCAAACUUUCAACUCUAGUUGCUUCGUUCCCUUGCAGUUUUAUUGGAAUUGAACAGAUCUUUGGUUAAGGCCUGCAUUGCACUUGACCACUGUCCAACGCUUCAUGAUGCAAAUUAGCCUAUUGUCUAGCCGUAUAUUAGACGCUAACAUUACCAGUGCUAGCUAGAUAAACAGGAAAAGAGUAUUUUCUGCCCAGCCGUCGUCGAGGUUUAGCUGCUCUGCUGAUAUAUUGCCAAUUUAGUCUGCUCUCGCCUCUACAAGACGGCCUCUUACAGGAGUACACCAACCCCAAGUUUUACUAAAUUCUCCUUAAAAAUGAACACCUCAGAGCCCUUUGCCACUAUUCUCUGGAGCCAAAUUCGAGUGGGAAGGAAACCAGGUAGGAUACGUGACUGUGUGCGGACCAGGUCGUGUUUGGUGCGUAAACCUGGUCAUUUACCGUGUGGACCAGGGGCUGUGGAGUGCAGCGCCAAGGUUCGGGCUCGACUGUGCCGUCCACCUGCGCCCCCCCAAUCUCCGGUCUUCUGGACUCUGUCUUGGCAUCGGGUCCAGGUGGGGGAGGAGAGUGCGGUAGAUGCCGUGCAAGUCUACCAUCACUACAAUUCACGCACAAGUCACCGUCCCUGUUCUCACCUUGAUGUGGAGCACACGGUUGACAUCGUCGGACACUACGGUCAAACUGUCGUGUGUGGUAUACGCAAACGGGCUGUUUGGCUUUGUCAGCGACUUCGCCCGCACUCGCCUCUGGUCGUCUUGACUUACCACCGAACGUGGUGGGUGAGGAAGGAGGGACUGCGGUAUAUCCAUCUGCAUCAAGUCGAACAUCAUCGCUGCUGCUCCCAUCUUGUGGAGCAGUCAUGUUACAUCGGUCGAACUCUCAUGCCGAAAUACUUUUUGCAUUGUGUUCCCAUCGCCAUUUAAGCAUACUUUCGAGACCACAAUCAGCCGAAUUCAGCCAUUUACAAAUUUCUCCGUCACUUUUAAUUACCGACUGGUUCUCCUUAGAAACCAGUAUGUUUUGGUGAAAAAUGUAGACAAGGCAAUUCGUCAACUCGCUCAAAAACUCAGUGCGUUUUUCAUUCAGAUGGUAUCGUGAUUUUCCGAUCGUACAUGGAUAAUUUGUUUCAACCGAGCGCCAAAACUUUUGCAAAACCAGUCCGAAAGUGCUUGAAAACGGUUUGCUUUGGCUUGAUUAUCCUUAGCGGGCUAUUGAGAAGUGAAACAUACAGCCAGAAAUCUCCUGAAACUCUUGAAACAAUUGCGAUCUGUCAUAGAAGUGGACGGGAAAUGUUAUGCGUCUCAGGUUUUUGCAGACAUUUGAAGGUGUCCACGGGUCCAUCGUGAUAUGUCGGUCGCCUCCAAAUACCUCAUAUACCGAGCAUCCGAGAUUAUAAAUACCGGACUUUGUGCUUGGAAAACAAGUAGCCGCUGGAGGCUGUUGGCCAAUGUAGCCUGAGAACGAGUGAGGUAGUUUGCACCCACUCUGACACCACGAAGAUAUCCCACACUGUUCAUUAAAAUUGACUGAGGUGAUUUGAGCACAUUUUACAUCAAUCACACCAUGCGCACAGUGUUACUGCUCUAACUACAACAGCACAGUCUAACUGGCGCUGGUGAAGAGAUCGGCUCUAAGUCUAGAACGAUCCUGUUCGUCAAAAUUGGCCUUUAAGUCUUGAGUCUUCUGUACUCGGCCUUCGUUUCAGGAACGAUGUGGAUCAAGCUUUCCAAAUCUACCAAUGGUAGUAGUUAGACAGGAAAAUUCCUGCCUGUGGUAUUGUUGGAGUCAGCUAAAUCAGGCAUGAUCAGGACGAUAUCAAGUACAAGUUUGUCCUCAAAUCUUAGUGUAAAAACAAUGUUGUCUAUGGGAGUGACCUGAUAGGAACACAGUCCCUGAUGCUGGUACUCCACAAGUCUUGAUACUUCAACCCGAAGGAGCAGGAAAAUCAUUCUUGAAAAUCUCCCUGAACACUUACGUGAACAUAUAGCCACGUUGGCCAGCGCUCCCGGGUCGGAAGCAGCCUGGGCGCGUUUACAUACCGGUCUAUGAAGCCGCGUUCAUAGAUAAUUCGGCUGACUCCAUGUCACGGGCUUACUGCUUUGUGAAUCUUCGUCUUUUAAUAUAGUCUGUCAACGACAGGCGCCUGAGAGAAUAGAACCCCUCGUCACGACAGCCACGUAAACCGGUACUGUGCAACCAGAGAAGCUUUCCGGGUCAGUUUUGUCACGUCCAUCCAUACUGUAGUCGACUACUUCUAUACGGUCGCCAGCCAGGGCCGGAGUCGCAUGAGAUGAUACUCAGAAUGAUUUCACGCAGGUUGAGUGUGCAUAUUGCUCAACCUCAAGUCUCGGCAUGUAAGGCGUCCACAUUGCACCGGUUUUCGUUCCUCACUAAGUGCAUAGUUGUUCGCUAGAGGCACAAUUGGAGAAGCGAAUUUGCGGAGUCGAACUUAAGCACUUUCGACCGAAUGUUUCCAACCGGCGACUUUCAGUCUCACAUCUUGAACAGGGUUGCGUGUACUCUCAACAUGAUCCACUUACUUUACACUGACGCAAGGGGCUUUGUCCGAGUCGAACGAAGUUCAUUAGCGUCACGUCGAUCGGAUGCGCUCACUCCUCUAUGCCUUGCCCAUUUGGUUGGAUUUUCAAUAUUGAGCUAUCAGGUGUCAAAUAACCCACGGGUUAGCACCUACCAUGACCAGAUAGAUAUCUCCUGCCACAAAACUCAGUGUGGUCUUAGUUUUGUUUGAGUGAGUUUUUGUUUCCAUUUCAACUGCAUUCACACGUACCUGCCCACAGCAAGCCUCGUUUCUGCAAGGGUGCCCGCCAACGCCACAGCUUACUGCGAUGGAGUUGUUUACUAGCGCGUACUGGCUAAUUCAGAUUGUCGCUUAGUUAGCCAUAGUUGUUAAGAACCCAUAUCCGUAAGGGGCAUCGGAGGUGAUAUCUGAUAAACUACUUCUAGGCGUCUAGUAUCUGUUCUAUGCUAACUGACUGCCAAAACUAGAUCCUCAAGGCAGAGAGAAUAUACUGCUGAUAACAGUUGUGGUGUUCAAGAUUUCGGCAAGGCCAGACACGACGAACACGACCCCACGUUGACCCGAAGCCAACAGUCACGUCACAAGCAGAAGCGAUGUAGGCUGACAAUCAUGAAGACUUGCCUAUUUCACUCAGCAAUCUGUCACUAUUCUUAGGGAUCAUCGUCUCAAAUCUGUAAAGACGGUCUCGUUCCAAAACUGGCGUCAGAGAGCCGUGCACUCGAUCACCUAAUGUCGAACAGAAAUGUCCUUUGUGAAUGGUUGCUUUCAGUCACAGCUUGUACCCAAGUUUGGCUACUAAUAUUUGACGGCAGUUGACUGGGCCAAGCGUGACGCACCUAUAUGAGUGCCUGUCAGCCAGGCACCUCGAUCGUCACAUGUGGAGCAUGCGGAGAAGGAAUUCAUGGUCAAUCUCCUCAUUCAACUAUGAUCCAGUUGUCACAAAAACGUGUUUGAUAGUAGAAUGAGUAUAGCCGAUGGUAGCGAAGUCUUUCUCACCGUAAUCCAACUCAUGCGCAAGUGAUCAUUGCCGGAGUAGCGAUAACUUACGUCAACCACUACGGGAGGUUCACUGUGUGUUAGUUAACACUGCUCAUGUCCUAGGACGUCCAUCGCCUACCCGCUGCCUCCUUUUUUCCCUCACUUCCUCUCUAAACAGCGCGUGAGGUGUCGCUACAUGCGCAUGGCUUUUGUCUGUUUCAGCCGAGUCGCAAAGUGCCCUUCCCACCGAGCUCUCUUCCUCCUGA